AAGAAAUAAUAUAGUAUUAAGUCACAUGAAAACAGGCAGCAGCUUGAUGUGUGACUCAACUGGGAGAGCUCCCUGCAGCCCUGCUUACAAGAACAAAAUCUAUCGAUACCGUCAAGAACACUUCCAGCUGCGGCCGGGCACCGCAUCAAUCAACCACCUCCUCAGCCUCACCUGCAUCUCUAAUCUUUCUUCAUCCCUCAUUCCCCAUCAUCUUUGUCAGCUAACAAAGAAAACCAUCUCGAUCUUGAUAUCUUCUGUGUCCUUGGUCAAACCGUUGUUUUCGCUUACUUUCCCCGCUAUUUGAGCCUCACAACAGCCUUGCCCCACAAACAUUGGGAUACCAGAUCCUCCCGCCGGCCUCUGCACCCAGAAAGGCUGUUUAUCUAUAAUGAGUGUCUCUGAGAUUGAAGACAUCCUUUUCUUCGAGGAUGCCGACACACUGGCUUUUAUCGAAACCCCAUCCUACAAACCCGCCUGGAUCUUGCGGCCCAGUUGUGCCCAGUCUAUCGGUCAUAGAAUCCAUAGUUGGAAGCUUUUGGCAACAGGCUCUGCUGUACUCAGACAGUUAUUCGAUCCAAAAGUACAAGAACGAAAUAUCAAGAAUCGUGGAGGGCUACCGGAGGGAAUAAGGUACAUAAUUGACCUCACUCCUCCCUCGACUGAGGACGAUGCAGUCCUCCACUUGACCGAAUUAUCCUGCCCUCUUGGUAUCAGGACAUGGGCUGCCGCGCGGGAUCGCUGGGAUCUCCCUCCUCAGUGUGUUUCUGGGGUAGAUAUACAUUCAUCCGAUGGUGACGGUGACGAUAAAAAUCAUUCUGGCUAUCCUGCGGAGUACUCGCCCGCGAGGCACCGUGCAGGCAUUAUCCAUGUCCUGCAGGUGUUGGAAGGACUCAAUCCAAAACUUGAUACCCCAUGCAAGCUCUGGACAUUCUUUGCCGUUGCAAAGCUGUACGAAAUCUCAGCCCUGCGGGAUAUUCGCACGCGAGUCACGCUGUGGUUGUAUGAAGGGGAGAACAAACUGUUCAUUCAGCUUCAUCCGGAAAUCGCCUAUCGAAUCGCGAAGGGAAUUCGGUGUGACUACCUUCUACAGGAUGCAUUCUGUGUUCUAGUUGGAGAGGAGGCGUUGCUCCUUCUGCGCAACUCCGGUACUCCCAUUCCUAAGCAACAACAGACUACCACUGUCCAUGGACGACCUCGGGAAAUGUUGGACGACGAUGAUGUGCAGCGGGUGCAGUAUGCCGGUGAAUCGUUUUUAGGUAGUAUCAUUGAGAAAUUCGUCCAACUCAUCGGGGACGAUAUGCACUGGUUGAAGAAUAUACUUGAAUUUCGGCGAGUUUUCUACUCUCCCCAUGGCCCACCAGAGGAGGAAGUAGUGAACGACCUCAUCGCAACCUUGAAAGACUGGGUCCGGGCGACUAUUUUCAUGGUACUUUCUCUGGACACCACGGUUUGGAUGUCAAGCAAAUACAGACUUGAGCUGAGCGGGGAUUACCCUACAAGUGACUAUUUGAACGUUUACAGCUCUAUGCCUUUCAUGGCGCACAUAAUGACGAGAACAUUUUGGGUUAUUCUCAGUGAAAGAAAGCUUAAUGAGAUCGAUGGCGAAAAGGACAUUGGACCAUCUAGAGACCGCUCCCUUGCUAGGCUGGGUGGAUACAUGGGGGCUUUUCGAGAUCAGCACAACGCACUUGUCAGAUACGUAACGGUUGCAGAGCUAAGUCGCAAGGCGCAUGCAUUCAAUUGUCUCUUCAACUCUUUGGCUGCGCAACCAAACGAUCAUACGGCCCAACACGACGGGAAACUAUUCAUGCCCGAGCGAUAUUUCUCACUGUCCAAAUUUGUCUCACAAGUUCAGGGAUACAUUUCAGGAUUUGCCAGGGAAAUGAUAGCGCCUCGUCGACCUGUGAUGUCCUACGACCUAACGGAUACCCUCACACUUCUUACAGAAAGCGAGUACAGAUACCUUCCUUUGUGGGCCGGAGGCUGUGAUGAUGGCUCCGGAGGGGUCUACGCCGACCAGAUACCGCUCGCCGAAACAGACGGAUUUUCUGCUCCGGGACCUUCUAUCCACACCGGAAGCGCCGCACCAUCAACUGCCCCAUCCAUUAUGUCGCUUCUCGAGAGCACAUUGCACGGCGCAUCACAUAGAGCCACUGAAGGCUUUGCUAGCGAAGUCGUAUCUAUCAACUCAGAAGUCGUGUCAGAGACAGGCAACGCGAUUGUAGCCGACCCUUCAGAUUUCAAGAAGGUCGAUGAUGAGCUUUCCUUUGCGUUAGACUCUUCGGCAGAUGAUGUCGACGAUGUUUUUUUUGAUAGUGACAGCGACAGUGAUGAUACCGUUGUUAUUGACCAUGCCGAUAUCAGUGAUUUUAGUGAGCUCGAAGAGAUGAAACUGGACGAGGGCAAGGUGCAGGAUAUUCCAAAAAGGGAGACAAGAGCGGCCGUAUGAGUCAGUUCUUUACAUAUACAUGGUUCCUAAAAUAAUAUGAGAUGAUGUAAUGAUACAAUGACUGAAUGCCAGUAAUGAAUUGUCUAGUUAUGAUCAAUUAACUCUUUCAGGAAG